ACGUGUCUCUCUCUACUCUUAACUUCAAUCUUUUUUUUUUGUUAAAAAACUUCAAUCUUUUGUCAUCAAUUUUCUCUUAUACAGUUUUUUUCUUCAUGCAAAUUCAUAUCUUAGCUUUUAUUUAUUGUCACUUCCGUUUCUGAUCUUGUGAAGUUAAUAGAGUGAAUUGUAAAAGCUUCAAUCUUUAGAGAAACCCAAAAGCUUUUUUCUUUCGUUUUGCUGAGAAUGAGAAGUUAAAAACGAGCUCAAGUUGGGGAUAUUCGUUUCUUCUUCUGUCUCUUCCUCUUCCUUGUUCAAAAGGUUUUAUUUAUUCCGUUAGAAUAAAAAGAAAACCUUUUUUUGAGAAGAUUAAAAAGCUUCAGAAACCCAAAAAAAAAGGAGAAAGGAACUCAAAGAAGUCAUCCAAAUUCAUGAAACAGGGUUCGAUGAACAGAUCAUGUCUCUGUAGUAUCUUAAUCACUACUUCUCUCAUAUGUGGUGUUUACUUCAUUGGCAAUGCUUACAUCCAUCAACAAUUUAAAGUGAAAUUGCUAAGAUGGGAAAUAACUGAUAAGAUGCAUAACAUUACUGAUAAGAUGCAUAAUGUCACACAUAAGAUGCAGAAGACAACAACAUCUGGUACAUGCAAGAAUCUCAAUAAGCCAAUGGGAACUGAAUCAUUACCGCAAGGAAUUAUCGCCAAAACAUCAAACCUGGAAACUCAACAUCUAUGGAACUACGAUGACAAUGAAAAGGGGAAUCCGAACCACCGUGGAAUGAGUUUGUUAGCUAUGGCUGUUGGAAUCAAGCAGAAGGAGCUAGUCAACAAACUCAUCCAAAAGUUUCCUCCUCGAGAUUUUGUGGUCAUGCUAUUUCAUUACGAUGGUGUUGUCGACGAUUGGAAGCAGUAUCCAUGGAAUGAGCAUGCUAUUCACGUUUCCGUGAUGAACCAAACAAAAUGGUGGUUUGCUAAGAGAUUCUUGCAUCCUGAUAUAGUUACAGAGUAUGAGUAUAUAUUUCUCUGGGACGAAGAUCUUGGUGUAUCUCAUUUCAAUCCUAAACGAUACUUAUCUAUUGUCAAAGAAGAAGGUCUUCACAUAUCGCAACCAGCUCUCGACACUACAACCUCAGAGGUUCAUCAUCCUAUCACCGCUCGUCGCAAGAACUUAAAAUUUCAUAGGAGGAUGUAUAAAAACAAAGGCAGUGGAAGAUGUGAUGACCAUAGUACCAAUCCUCCCUGCAUAGGGUGGGUAGAAAUGAUGGCACCUGUUUUCUCUAGAGAAGCAUGGAGAUGUUCUUGGUAUAUGAUUCAGAAUGAUUUGAUCCAUGCUUGGGGCUUGGAUAUGCAGCUUGGUUACUGUGCUCAAGGUGAUCGGAAGAAAAACGUAGGUGUAGUUGAUGCAGAGUACAUAGUUCAUUAUGGUCUUCCAACUCUUGGUGUGGUUGACGCCACUUCAAGCUCUUCUCAGAAUGAGACGAACCGGAAAUCACCGGGGAAGAUUUCAGAGGAAUCAACAGAGUCUCAUGAAGUGGAUAAUAGACCAGAAGUGAGGAUGAAAUCGUUUUUAGAGAUGAAGAGAUUCAAGGAACGUUGGAAGAAAGCUGUGAAUGAUGAUAUAUGUUGGGUUGAUCCGUAUUGAAACUCAAGACUCAAGAGGGUUAUAAGUCAACGGAACCAAACCGGGUUAACUUUACGAAUUAUAUUUUUUUGUGAAAUUGUUGUUGUCGAGUAUGUUUUGUGCUCUUUGUUAUUGUUUUGGGAGUACAUAAAUUCUGUUUUACUGGGGGGAAUAGUGUACUUUGUAGACCACAGCAGAUUUUUUUUUUAUAAUGUUAUAUUAAAAUAUAUUUGUUCCUAGACCA